UUCAAUUUUUUAACAUAUGUUUAUCAUUAGCAUUAUUUUUCUUGAUAUGUUCUUAUAGCUUUGAAUAUGCACUUUUUAUUUUUAAAUUUAGAAGAGAAGUUGAUAUGAUCUUUUCCAUUGUCAUUCAUAAGUCCUAAAAAUUGGAUUGGAUGUCAUUAAUAGCAUUUGCAUAUUGGGGUUUCCACCACUAUAGACUUGUUAAAAGUCUUUCCAAUUAAAGCUUACUAGUAUAUAACCCGCGCGUUGUGCGGUUAAUAUUUAUAGAAUUUUUUUAUUGAAUUUAUUUAAACAAUUAUUAUAUGAGUUUAUUAUAUGGUGGCCUGGUAUGCACCGGAGAAAGUACUGCAAGAAAUAGGCUAGAAGAGGCUUCAGACAAAGGGACCCCAUCUCCCCCUUGCUUUUUGUUGUUAUGAUGGAAUAUCUGAAUAGGUUGCUGGUGAAAAUGCAUAGCAAGCCAAAAUUUAAAUUCCAUGCCAAAUGCAAGAAUGUUGGCCUAACAAACCUUAUUUUGGUUGAUGAUAUCCUGCUAUUCAGUCGAGGGGAUGUGAAUUCAGUCCAAAUGCUGAUGAAUAUUGUUCAAAUUUUCUCUAAAACUAUUGGCCUUGUGAUAAACCCUAGAAAAUUCAAAGUCUUCUGUGGAGGCAUGGAUAGAGAUACACAAAACCUGUUGUGUAGAAUCACAGACUUUGAAGAAGGAAAACUGCCCAUGAAAUACUUAGGUGUGCCAAUCACAAGCAAGAGACUCAGCCUACAUCACUACUUGCCCUUGAUUGAUAAAAUCACCCAUAGGAUGAAGCAUUGGACUACCAAGCUUUUGAGCUAUGCUGGCAGGAUCUCACUGGUUAAGAGCAUAGUGCUGGCAAUCACACAAUAUUGGAUGCAGUGCUUGCCUCUGCCCCAGUUUGUUAUCCAUAAAAUUGAUCAACUCUGUAGGACAUUUGUGUGGACUGGUGACACCACUGAAAGUAGAAAAAGUCCUGUGGCGUGGAGUACUGUAUGCAGUCCCAAAAGUCAGGGAGGGAAAUGUAUCAUUAACUUGGCUAUGUGGAAUAAGAUAACCUUGCUAAACUGUCUUUGGAAUUUAUGUAAAAAAUCGGAUAAUAUGUGGGUUAAGUGGGUACAUAUGGUUUACCUAAAGGGGGAGGAUGUGAUGGUUGCUCAGGUGGUUAAGGAUAGCUCUUGGAUUGUGAAAAGAAUCCUUGAGUUGAGGGACCAGGUGCUGCACAUCCAGAGCUUGUGGGAUAGUAUGCUUACACAUGAGAAAUUCAGGAUGAAUGCAGUUUAUGAUUUGCUGACUAAUAGAGACCAAAAUGUGGAUUGGAGAGGAUUAUGCUGCAGAAAUGCUGCUAGACCCAGAGCAGUAUUCACAACUUGGCUUAUAUGUCAUGGAAGGCUGGCGACAAAACAUAGAUUAAAAAAAUUUACUGUGAUUCGAGAUAGUAACUGUAGUUUAUGUCAUGAUGAAGAGGAAACAAUUGCACAUCUGGUUUUUGCCUGCAGGUAUACCUAUGAUGUGUGGCAGCGAAUUCUAGCAUGGAUCAAUGUGAAUCACCUGCCCCUGCCUUGGAAUGAAGAGUUGAGAUGGGUGAUGGAACAUACUGCAAAGAAGGGGUGGAAAGCUUGCCUUUUAAAGAUGGCUUUCAUUGAGACUCUAUAUGGUAUAUGGCACAGAAGAAAUAUUGUGAUAUUUGGGCCCACCAGUCACACUGAUAUUGUGUAUAGCAUUAUAGAUUGUAUAAUUUAUAGAGGUUGGCAACACCACAAGAUUAAGAAACAUAUAGCUCAUAUGCUGUCAUAGGUUUUUUGGUUAUUUUGGAGGUUUGGAUCUUUGGAUCAACUU